AUGAAAUUAGCUCUUGUUUUGGUCGCUGUUGUUUUGGUAGUGAAUGCAGAAGGCUGGGGAUGGAGGGCUCCACGAGUAUCUUGGCCCCGAAUACGUAUACCACGUAUAGGCAUACCACCCGUAACCAUACCCGGUAUAAGAAUUACGAGAGAUGUGCGAGAAGCUGAGGGUGAUGCUGCUUUCAAUGCUGCUGCUGAAGAUGGUGUUUUAUCCGAUGAUGAAAUAAAAUCUGUACUUGGUGUGGCUGAUAAGGAUUUGGCUGGUUUUAAAGUACUUUAUGACGUUAACAGCGAUGGAAAAAUAACAGUUGAAGAAUAUCGAGCUGUUACCGCUACCCUUGCCAACGCGGGAGACAAAGAGAACUAA